AUUUAUCUGGAUAUGGGAGGGCUCAAAUAGGCAGAAUAUAAAAAGCCUGGGCUAUUUACUUUUCCACAGGACAGAAAGUCUUCAGCAGAGUGCAACAACAACAACAACAACAACAAAAACUUCUACAAAUAUACCUACACCCAUCCACUUCUUCAAAACUAUGGAAACCAAAGAAGGAGGGAAGGAGCACCUUCGAAUGGUUCUGGUCGGCCUUCAGGGGGUUGGGAAGAGUGCAGCAGGAAACACCAUUCUGGGCCGAGAAGAGUUUCUCUCAGACCUCAGCGCCACUUCUCUCACAUCCACAAGUGAACGGAGGGAUGCUGUUGUCUGUGGGAGGAAAGUGACUGUUGUGGACACUCCUGGCUUAUUAAACAGUGAUGCUUCUAAUACAAUUGUAGAGCAGGAGCUGGAAAGAUCCUUGACUCUGUGUGAACCCGGACCCCAUGUUUUUCUCCUCGUUAUUCAGUUGGGUCGCUUCACUGAGCAAGAAAGACAUGUGAUGGACACUCUCCAGAAGAUGUUGUGCUCAAAUGUGAAUUCGUUCACAAUAGUGCUUUUUACAUAUGGAGACAAACUUAAGAAUAAAAGUGUAGAUGAGUUUGUAAGGGAGGAUAAAAACCUGCAGAAACUGAUCCAAAAAUGUGGCUCACAAUAUCAUGUGUUCAAUAAUACUGAGAGGGAAAAUACAUGUCAGGUCAGUGAGCUCUUUGAGAAAGUGGACAGUCAGUUGGGAAAGAGAAACAAAAAAUAUUAUGUUAGGACAAACAAGGAGCAGGGAAAGUCCUGGAACACACGCCACUUCUACACUGCUGCUGCUGCGACUGCUGCCGCUGCAGCUCUGUUGAUGUAUGCAGCAUUUACUAAGACAACAACACAGAGUAAAAUCCCAGAGUGUUCUCUGAGUGCCCCAAGUGAUGAGAUAGUAACAAAGGUGGAAGCAGAUGUUACUCAAAGUGAAACAUUUUGGGAAAUGUUGCACAGCCUGUUCAACAAGGACAACAAAAAGUGCCAGAGCAGCAGAAUCCAUGUGAAGAGCUGAGGAUUGUUCUCUUGGGAAAAACUGGAGUUGGAAAAAGUGCCACUGGAAACACUAUUCUUGGUGAAAAGGUUUUUAAAGUGAAUUUGUCAUCAUCGUCUGUGACAAAGGUUUGCUGGAAAGCUACAAAGAAUGUGAACAGCACAAAGGUUGCUGUUAUUGACACACCAGGACUGUUUGACCCCAGCUUUACUAUAGAGGAGAUGGUCAGCAGAAUUAAGCUGUGUAUUCCCCUUUCUGCUCCCGGUUCACAUGUCUUCUUACUGGCGCUUCAGCCUGGUCGCUUCACAAAAGAGGACAGAGACACCGUGGACAUCUUUCUCAAGAUCUUUGGAGAAGAUGCAAGUAAGCACGCCAUGAUUUUAUUUACACAUGGAGAAAAGUUUGAGGGUAGAAAUGUUCAAGAGUUUGUCGCUGGCAAUCCUGAUCUGAAGACACUCUUUGAGCAAUGCCAGAAGCGAUAUCAUGUUUUUAAUAAUGAGAACGAAGAUACCAUGUAGGUUGAGCAACUUUUUGAAAAAAUGCACAAGAUGAUUUCUGAGAAUAGAGGGCACUUUUAUACCAAUGAAAUGCUUGAGAAGGCAGAGAUCACAAUUCAAGAGGAAAAACAGCGAAUCUUAAUGGAAAAUGAAGAGCAGAGAAGCAAAGAACUGGAGGAUCUGAAAAUCAAAUAUGAAGCAGAGGCUCUGAAUCAGGCCAUAACAGAGCCGUGGGAAAGAAAAGAGAGGGAGGCAAGAGAGAAAGCGGAGAGAAACAACACAUUUCUCAAAAUAAUCACAGAGUUUCUGUUUACUAUUCUUGAAAAGUUCAUUAUGAGAAAACUUGGACAAAAUCAGUGAAUGGUUUGUACUUGUUGAACACCUAUAUAUUGUAUGUGUUGAACACACAUAUGUGUGUGUGUGUGUGUGUGUGUGUGUGUGUAUAUCAUUGUACCACAUUCAAACUUAUGCAGUACAUCUCAUUAAAUUACAUUUUAUUGUACCAAAUGACUGCCUGGUUUCAGGGAUCCAAUCAGAAAAUGUUUUAGACCCUGUU